CUCGUCGCUUUGGAGCCCUUGACGCUGGGUAAUGACGUACGAGGCCUGGGCCGGUCGUUGUCGUGUAGGUUGUGGGAGCCCGCACCACGUGAGGUGUUGCCGAGUGGCUGCCGGGCGCCGUCGCGAUCGCGCAGGGGAGGGGGCAGGAGAGGGGAGGCAACCGAGGAGGAGGCCCCUCCGUGCGGCCGGGAUGCACCGAGCGACAAAGCUGCACUUCGAGAUCAUAAUGCAGCAGAAAAAUGAAAGAACAUAGAAAAAAAUUACAACGGAGAAGUUGGUUGCUGCCCGGUUGUCGAAAAUGGACAGUGGGAUUUCGGGGGCUGAGGCAAUACUGCUUCCAAAGGAAGCAUUUUUCUCUUCUUAAAAGAGGGAGGCAGAGCACUUGUACAGCUGCAAGCCUGAAACCAGCGAAACCAUGCAGAAAGAAGGCCAUUCGGCUCCUGAACAAGCAGGUUCCUGAAGUGUCCCUCCGUGCAAAAUCCCAGCAAAUUGCACCUGUUGAAAACUGCAGCUUCCCACAAGAGAUACAUGGAAAACCUUUGCCUAGGUGUGAAAGUGGGGGGCCACUGAAAGCACCAGAGGAGCCUUGUGGGGCAUCUGCUCAGAGUGAACUGCUGAAUGAAUGCAGUGACUCAAAGGGUCGUCACGGCAAGCAGCGGUGCAGUGAGGCCAGUACUACUGCCUUUCCAGUGAAGAGAGAUGCUCUCUCUCAGAAUGGGGGAGAGAACAAUAAUGGUGAAAGCAAUGAGAUUAUAAUCCUAAAUAACUCUAACAGGAAGUGCUGCUGCCAGGGACUAAAUGGAAAUGGAACUUGUGCAUUCUUGACUACUAGGAGAAGGCCUAAAUUUAAACAGUGUAUUUCCAAAAGCAGAUCUUUAUUUAUGAUGUAUAAGAAACUUUCUGUGAUUAAGUUUCGAAUUAGAAUUGCAAAAUCUCAUCCUAAGUUUUGGAGGGGCAAAACGUGCAAGUUGAGCAAAAGCAAGCUGAGCUGGGUGGACAGAGUGGCUAGAGAUCAGCAGGAGGACUUCCACCGAGGAGCCUUUGCAGGCGGCUCCGGGACCCCUUUUCCUCCUUGGAAAUUGAAAAGCAAAUCUCCCUGGAAUCUGCUCAGCUUGUCAGAUAUGAACAAUCACAUGCCAGGACCAUUAAUUGAGGAGAGUCGGACGCAUCGGCCCGAUGCCUGCCUUACAGAGGGUGUGCUGUUGCAGCACAGGGAGAUCCGUUGCAAGGACCUUGCGCCCAGAGACCAAAAUGGCGUUGCUGAGACCCGCAUGCCGGAGCUGCUUGGAGGAGCUUUAGCUGGGGCGGAAGCUGUGCACAAGGAGGAAGUGCCCGCACUGGAUGGCUGCCCUCAUGAAAUUUUCAUCUCUGUAAUGGAGAAGGAAAUCUCGGUCUCAGGGCAAGACAGAGAAGGAUCAAACCAGGCGAUGGGGGCUGAUGACCUAGUGCUCGAGCCCUCCAAGGUGGAUUUGGGCACAAGUGGCACCUUUGCUAAUGGACCUGUCCUUGUGGAGCUGGCGCAGAAUGAAGACAGCCGUAGUCAGAUGGAAGUCGAAGGGCCCCUAAGCACGGACGUAUUUGGCGCAGAGCUCUUGGAUCACCCCUACUGUAAAAGCCCUCUUGAUGAGCCUCUGACAGGAAGCACAGGACAAAAAUCAGGGGCCCAAAAGAGUGGCAAAAGGAACAGCCAGAGGGCUUCUUCCGUCAGUGAUGAACAGCUGGCCUCAUGGCUCUGUGGAUUCCUAGAUGAAGUAAUGAAGAAAUACGGCAGCUUAAUUCCACUUUGCGAGAAGGAUGUUAUGGGAAAAUUAAAGGAAGUCUUUAAUGAAGAUUUUUCUCAUAGAAAGCCAUUCAUCACUAAGGAAAUCAUGAAGUAUCAGACACGGCAUCCCAAAUCUUCUACUUGCAAUUUCCGGGUCUUCUAUAAUAAGCACAUGCUGGAUAUGGAUGAUCUGACAACGCUAGAUGGUCAGAAUUGGCUAAACGACCAGAUUAUCAACAUGUAUGGUGAGCUAAUAAUGGAUGCAGUUCCUGACAAGGUCCAUUUCUUCAACAGUUUUUUUCAUAGACAGCUGGUAACCAAAGGAUAUAACGGGGUGAAACGGUGGACUAAAAAGGUGGACCUUUUCAAAAAGACCCUCUUGUUAAUUCCGAUCCAUCUGGAAGUUCACUGGUCCCUAAUUACUGUGAAUCUCCCUAACCGAAUUAUUUCAUUUUAUGACUCUCAAGGCAUUCAUUUUAAGUUCUGUGUUGAGAACAUACGGAAAUACUUGCUGACAGAAGCUAGAGAGAAAAAUCAUCCCGAUUUCCUUCAGGGUUGGCAGACUGCUGUUACAAAGUGCAUUCCACAACAGAAAAAUGACAGUGACUGUGGAGUAUUUGUGCUCCAGUACUGCAAGUGCCUCGCCUUAGACCAGCCUUUUCAGUUCUCCCAGGAAGACAUGCCUAGAGUGCGAAAAAGGAUUUACAAGGAGCUCUGUGAAUGCCGGCUAAUAGACUAAUACAAACGGGGGAGGAGGAAGAGGAGGAGGAGGAGGAAGACGAAGAAGAGCUACUGCUUUUGGCAUUUUUGAAGAGCCCCAGCUGGUAUUUGUGUACUUGAAUUUUCUGAAAAACUUCCGUGAAUUUCAAACAAGUCUUGGUGGAGCGGUGUGGCCAACAUAAUUACCUCAAACUUUUUUCUGACAUGCUCCUUAUCCCAUGGACCUGCCACAAAAUAUUCCCGAUGUCAGUUGUUUUUUUUUUCUAAUGUUCUUUCCUGUAUUUAAUAUUUAUUAUCUAACGCAUGUGCAUAGGCAAAGCAUGCGACUAAAAGAGAGAAGUAUAAAACUGUAGAAUUGGUGCACCUUUGAACCGUAGCUAGAAAUGACAAGAAUAAUACAGGUUAAACUUUUUGUCUGAAAACAUAAAAUGUGCAUGAUCCAUUUUUUUCUGAUGCAAUAAUGUUUUGAAUGUACAAAGAAACCCAAUGCCAUAAUGAGAGAAGCUAGAAGCCCUUUUUCUGAAAACCAGACUAGUUCUUCCUCCCUGCUCUUUUGUUCCCAGGUCCCAUUAAAUUUGGAAGAAAGAUGUGUUGGAAACUGCCCAGUAUAUUUAGUUUGUGGAAAUCCAUUCGAGUCGGUUGUUGCAUUUUUUUUUAAAAGCUACUAGAUUGCCAUCUUCCUACAAUUCAGAAGCAAUCCCUUGUACAAGAGACUCUUUAGUGCUAAUAAAACAUGGAGAUGCUCAUUUGA